AUGCCACUGACGCUACCGACCACGCUCUACCGCACAUCCUUGCCCAAUUUCGCUUCGCUCACUUAUGUCUCGUGGACGAUAGACGUGUUUCUGGUCUCUCUCGCUGCUUUCGUACUCCUGUGCGCUACUCGUACUACUGCUCGCCGUCAAUUCACUACCACGCGGCUUCGCGGUCCACAUAGCACCAGUAUCCUCACAGGUGUUGGCGGCACACUUAGAAAGGCCAGGGACGCAAGCGUUCUGUAUGAAGAGUGGGCGAAGACAUUCGGGCCGGUAUUUUCGGCUCCUGCUGGUCUUUGGAGCUCAAGGAUCGUUCUAUGUGACUCACGUGCGGCUGCGCAUGUUUACGCUCGGGAUACAGCAGGGUACCAUCGCCCACAAGCAACACGGGAUGAAAUUGCUCAAGCUGCAGGGCAUAACCUGUUAUGGGCAGAAGGGGAUGUUCACAAGAGGCAUCGACGCGCGAUGAUUCCUGCAUUCAGCAACGCUGCCAUCCGCAAGCUGACGCCGGUAUUCACUGAUGCAGGGUAUAAGGUCAAAGAGUCUUGGGAAAUAUUGAUUGCGGAAAGCGCGGAGAAAGAAACAGCGGUUAUUGAAGUACAAAGCUGUCUGGACUCCAUCGGUAUCGCCGGUUUCUCGCACGACUUCGGCGCCCUCUCAGGUGCUCGGCCACCUGUGACGGCGUUCUUCGACAGACUGCAUGAACGCCAAAUUGCUGAACCCAGUGAUACGCGUGACCUGUUAGCGCUAAUCUUGCCUUGGGUUAGCCGCCUUCCGCACAAGGACUCCAAUUUGGGUGUCGAGAUGAACAGGUCUCUCGGAGAAGCGACAAGACCGCUGCUGGAGAACACGCGAAAGGAAAAAGCAGGAGAGUCUAGUGGAGGUGGAAAGGAAGAAAGAUCCAUCAUCGGCUUGCUCAUAAAGUCCGAAGGACUUAGUGAAGGUUCAGAGAUGCACAUGUCAGCGGAGGAGAUGAAGCUUUUGAUAUUUGCCGGCCAUGAAACGACAUCUGUCGCUUUGACGUGGAUGCUGUUCCGCAACCUACAUAAUAAGAACCAGAGCGCCCAAACCAAGCUUCGCGAAUCCCUCUCCGUGUUCGCAAACUCCGACCCAUCGUAUGAUCAGAUGACCAAUGGAUUGCCUUACCUCGAUGCGGUCAUUACGGAGAGCUUGCGCCUCCAAGCAAUCUCAAGUGUCAGCGACUUCAUCCGCGUUGCUGGUGAAAAUGAUAUCAUUCCUUUGAGUCAACCUAUCCGGGAUGCUUACGGGAGUCUUGUGAACAGCAUUACUGUCGCAAAAGGUACACUCAUCUCUGUAUCUCCAGCAUACAUGAACCGGUCUUCGCUCAUCUGGGGAUCGGGUUCGCGCGAGUUCCACCCCGAACGAUGGCUGGACGGAGACAGACUUCCAACCAAGGCGCGUGAGAUACAAGGGCAUCGACACAUACUGAGUUUCUCAGACGGGCAGCGGGCAUGUCUCGGGAAAGCGUUCGCGCUAGCCGAGGUCAAGGUGAGUUAG